UAAUCAUAAAAUAACAAAUUAAUAAUUACUCAUAACAAUUUUGAUGUUUUCCUCAUCCAACACCAUCAUCAUCACCAUUCAUCAACAUCAUCCAUCAUCAUCAUCAUCACAUCUUCUUUUGUUCAUCCAUUUUCACUCUCUCUUCUUCUCUCUCUUGUUCACUUCACUGCACUCCCACUAAAAAUCUCAAAAAAAAAUGGUAUCACUCCCUAAACCCCCACUAAUUUCCCAUUUUACCCUCAUCUUCAUCAUCUUCUUCUUCAUCCUCCCAAUUUACAGCUUCAACAUAACCCAGAUUCUCUCUCAUUACCCAGAUCUCUCCGAUUUCACCUCCCUUCUUUCAAACUCCGGCAUCUCCUCCGACCUCAACCGCCGCACUUCCCUCACUAUCCUCGCCGUCCCUAACUCCUUCCUCCGCUCUUCCUCCCCCACUCUCCCCUCCGAUUCCCCCUCCACCCUCGCUGACGUCAUCCGCUACCACAUCUUACUCCAAUACCUCACUUUCUCCGAUCUCCGGCGAAUCCAACCCGCCGGAACCCUAGUCACCACCCUCCUCCAAACCACCGGAAGAGCCCCCGACAACCUCGGAUCUCUGAACGCUACCUUCAACCCUUCUAAUGGCGGCAUUUCAUUUCACCCUCUUAACAACAACUCUGUUUCCUGUAACAUUCUCUCUCUCCUCAAAACGGUGCCGUAUAAUCUGUCAAUCUUCACCGUUGAUUCCCUCCUCGUUCCGCACGGAUUCGAUCUGAUGGCGUCGGAGACUCGCCCGCCUCCGCCGGGGUUGAACAUCACCAAGGCAUUAUUCGAUGGACAUGAUUUUAAUGUCGCGGCUUCGAUGCUUUUAGCUUCAGGGGUAGUUCAGGAAUUUGAAGAUGAUGAAGGUGGUGCUGGAAUUACCCUUUUUGUCCCUACUGAUGAAGCCUUUGCUGACCUUCCACCGACUGUUCAAUUGCAAGCAUUAUCGGCGGAUAAGAAAGCUUUGAUCCUCAAAUUUCACGUACUACACUCCUAUUAUCCUCUGGGUUCGCUCGAGUCGAUUGUGAACCCGGUUCAACCCACGUUGGCCACGGAAGAUAACGGUGCUGGUAGCUUUACUCUUAAUAUAUCCCGGGUUAAUGGCUCGGUUGCGAUUAACACGGGGAUAAUUCAAGCCGUGGUGACUCGAACCGUGUUUGAUCAGAACCCUGUUGCUAUUUUUGGGGUUUCUAGUGUACUGUUGCCAAAGGAAAUCUUUGGGGAUGAUGGAAAGGGUAAAGAGGUAAAUUUGAGAGGUGGAAGUGGGAGUGGGCCGUUUAUGGGGGCCCAACCACCGGUGGUUGGGCCUGCACCGGAGAAUUCGCCCGGUGAUGGGUAUGGUGGGCCGAGCCAUUUGUCGUCGCCGCCUGGGUUUACAUCGGAAGGAGGAAGAGGAAGUGGAAGGAGUUGGAGUUGGAUGAUGUCUUGUAUAGCAUUGUUGUGUGUAUUGAUAUCAUAAGAAAUUUGGUUGAUUGAUUUUGAUCCUCCUUGGCUCCUUCAUUUCUUGGUAAAUUAUAUACAAGUAUAAUUUAUUUGAUUUGAUACUA